GAAGAAGAAUUCAAGAUGGUGACUCUGGAAAGUGGUGGAAGCGAAGUAAAGAAAGAAAAUCCCACUGAAAACAGCGAAGAAAAGAAAGAAAUUAGCUCGAARACAAAAAGAGAAGAGAAAAGCUCAAAAACUCGUCGAAUAUCGGAGAUUAGCAACUCGAGUAACCAGCAAUGUUUGGCACAAAGACAUGAUCUCUCAUGGCAUGCUGCGGAAAUUAUUCAAUCAAGACCAGAUGAUGAUGGAAAUACAGAGUAUUAUAUACAUUAUCAUGGAUUCAAYAGACGUCUUGAUGAGUGGGUACCAUCAGAAAGAGUUGACCUACAGCAAACAGAAGAAACUUCAAAAGCCAUUAUAGAAGAUAGAAUYGAUGGUGAUGGACCAGAAAGAAAGCUUACUCGAAACCAGAAACGGAAACAUGACGAGAUCAAUCACGUACAAAAGACUUAUGCAGAAAUGGAUCCUACAACCGCUGCACUUGAAAAGGAGCAUGAAGCUAUAACAAAGAUAAAAUAUAUAGACAAAGCGCAAUUUGGCAAAUAUGAAAUAGACACGUGGUACUUCUCACCUUAUCCCGAAGAAUAUGGCAAAGUUAACAAACUGUGGGUGUGUGAAUACUGCAUCAAAUAUAUGAAAUAUGAAAAAACAUUCCAAGAUCAUGUGACCAAGUGUUCAAUUCGCCAACCACCUGGAAAGGAGAUCUAUCGUAAAGGAACAAUAUCAGUUUAUGAAGUUGAUGGUAAAGAAAACAAGCUUUACUGUCAAAACAUUUGUCUUCUUGCAAAGCUUUUCCUUGACCACAAGACAUUAUACUUUGAUGUGGAGCCUUUUUUGUUUUAUAUUCUCACUGAGGUUGACAAGGAAGGGGCUCACAUGGUAGGGUAUUUCUCUAAGGAGAAAGAAUCUCCAGAUGGAAAUAAUGUCGCUUGUAUUCUCACCCUUCCUCCAUACCAGAGAAAAGGGUAUGGGAAAUUUCUCAUUGCCUUCAGCUAUGAACUGUCAAAAAUAGAGGAAACKGUUGGUUCUCCUGAAAAACCAUUGUCAGAUUUGGGGAAGUUAAGUUAUAGAAGUUAUUGGUCGUGGGUUUUACUUGAUAUUUUAAGGAACUUUAGAGGAACAGUGUCAAUUAAAGAUUUGAGUGCUAUGACAAGCAUAACACAAGAGGACAUUAUUAGUACACUACAGUCUCUAAAUAUGGUAAAAUACUGGAAAGGACAGCAUGUCAUCUGUGUUACUCCAAAACUUGUUGAGGAGCAUGUCAAAAGCUCUCAAUACAGAAAACCUGUUUUGACUGUUGACCCAGACUGCCUAAGAUGGGCCCCACCAGGACGAAAAGUGAAAAGACAAAAACAUUGAUACCACCAUUCCUAUGAUAAGAAAAUUAUUCAUGUGUCAGGGUCAGCCACUGAGAACUUUUACUGAAAAUUAGAACUGUAUCAAGGCAUUUUGUAAUUAAUGGUAGAUAAUGCCAGUCAAUGAGCAAAAUACCUAUAGCUAGAAGAUUUUAAUUUUGCAAAGUUUUUUAAUAUUUUUGUUGUACUGCGCAGCUGAUUGAUUUAUUGCUGAACUUUGAAACCUGAAGUCUAAUAUAAUUUCAUACAUUAUAAUUGAAGUGCACAAUCUUUUAUCAUGCUAAUACUCACAUGAUUGUCAACCUGGUGGGUAUAUUUGGUUAAUAGAACUAAAAUACUGAGCAUUUAGUAAUAUUAAAAACCUUUUUUCUCUAAAAACAUAUUGCCUUGUAAAAAAUAUCUUCCUAUAUAUUUAUUAACCGUACUAGUAUACUCUGUAUUUUUUAUAUCUUUUGUGUAAAUAUUAACUGAAAACUGAAUUACAUGUAGGAAGUUGUCAAUAAUAAACAAUUCAAAUUGUGUACGU